GCAUUAGAGUGAAAAUUUCAUGUCGAUGUGUUGUGUUGUGUUGUGUCGAUUUCUUUUAAAACUCUAAAAAAAGAAUAUUGAACAUAUUGGUUAAAAGUGAAUUCAAAAUAACUUCAAUUAAGUGUUAUAAACAUACUAUGAAAAUCCAAUCUUUAGUAUCGUGUGUGAUUAAAAUUUUGUGUUCAGCUGAUUCCUUUCACAAAGGAUAGACCUGAGACAGACUCGUUUUAUUUGUGCGCAAUUCACCUGAGAACGCAGCUUUUCUAUUAGUUAUUGCGGACUGCUUACAACGAUACACGCGAGUUGGUGAAGGUUAGUAAACGUAGUUACCUGUUGUUAUUUUCGACAUGUAAUCCCUACAACCAAUUGCAACUGUGCAAUUUAAUUUUCUUAAAUCGUAAACGAGCCUCAAUAAAGACAAUUGCAACGAAUUAUCGUCAAUCUGUCUUUUCGCUGCAUUAGUUGUUAGGGUUAUACCUAAAAUGCGGAUUACUAAGUGAUAACAUAAUAAAUUGUUUCUUUAUAAAAAUAUAUAAAUUUUUUGUACGUGGUAAAGCCAUGCUGUAACUAUAUUAGUAGUAUAGUUGUAGCACGAAUGGGUCGGCUCGACCGGGGAAGGACCACGCUCUCACAGAAUACCAGCGUAAAAUGGCAGCUUGACACUGCUGUGUUUCGUAUGGUGAGUGUAGAGAACCGAAGACCCAUUUUACUGGAAAAGAGGCAUUCCAUCUUAGUCCUCACGGGUGACGACGCAUCUGCAUUUUGAUUCUUUAUUGAGGAUAAAUGUAAAUGUCUAUGGGUCACACUCACAGCAACCACUUACUAUCAGGUGGACUGUGUGCUCGUUUGUCACCCUGUCCUAUAAAAAAAACUUAAGUAAAAAAAAAUAGAUAUGAUUUAUAUAAGUAAAUAGAUCUUUUAUAAAGAAACAAUUGAUUACUACUGUUGUAUAAAUUAAGUUUCGUGUUAGGUGUAUUAUAAUCUAAUGGCACAAAGAGACAAAACAAUUUUUACAUGGCAAUAUAAACAUAUUUAUCCAAAUUAAAGUACCGGAUGUGAUGAACUGUUUAAGGAAUAUUGUUAUUUUAUCGCCUAUAAGAAUAUUUUAUUAUACGUAAAAAUAUUAAAAAAAAACAACUAUUUUAAGCGAAAAAAAAUAUUUUUAAAUUCACAUGCGACUUAAAUGCAAGUAGGUACUUAAUUAAAGUUUUAAAUAUGAAAUUUGCCUAAGUUUGGCCUUUUAAAUCAAAUUUUAUUCUAAGAUCACUUAUAAGCUUCUUCAUCUUAAUUAAUGAGCAUCGAAUCUUGAAAAAAUAAGAUUAAUUGUAUAAUCGCUUGUAAAAAAUAUCUGGAGCACCUGACGAGAUUAACAUUUGGUUUGUUGUUGUUUAGUUGAUUAAAUUUUCACUUUAAAUAUUUUAGGAUAGUUUUUAUAACUAUGUCUUUUUUUUUAUAAAACUGAAGUGACAAACAAACAGACCACCUGAUGGUGAGUGGAUACUUAGUGCAGUUCAUAGCACACCUGCAGCCAACUUCAAUCUGUACGCUAAACAUGCGUUGCCACCUUUGAAGACUAACAUGGAAUGCCUCACAGCCUGUAUAUAUACUAGCUCUCUAAAUCCUUCAGAAUAUAACUCAGCAGUGCAAACACUGCUAUUUGUCGGCAGAAAUAUGUAUGAAGUACCUACCCAGACGGACUCGGCAGAUACAGCAGACAAGCUAUUAUACUCCCGUUUUUAUUUUGUUUGAAUACAAAUAUCUGGAUUUAUUUAUCAAGUAUUGAUAAUUUUAAUAAUCAAAAUGACUCAUGUUUAUCUGCAAAACAGGUCUGAGCCUUAAUCAUUAUUAAAUAUCAUCGGUCAAUUGGCACAUUGGCCUUUACGUCGCGAGCACUUUUCAGCUGUUUUUCUAUUUUUCUGCGAGUAUUAAAACAUUGCAAUUUGCAAGUCUUAUAUCAUAAAGAAAAUUUAUUAAUAUUACUAAAAGUCAAUCCAAUUUGAUAUAGUAUAAAAUAGUACCUACUAUAAGUGACCUGAUCUAUGAUGUGACCUAUUAUAUAUGUCCUUUUUUACUCGACUGUCUCAGGAGGCUAAUGUUUUUGAAGAGCAUGUAUGUAUUCCUAUUUUUCUUUGGCAACGCUGUGUAGCCUAAACGGCUUGAUGGAUUUAACAUAUGAGGUGUAUGUAUUAUUUAUAUAUCGCAUCUGCAUAUGCAAACUUUUUAACGCAAUCGGGUUUUUUUUUAUUUUAUUAACCAUUAAGCAACAAGCUUAAUGGUUAAUAAAUUAAAAAAGUGUUUGUUGACACAGAAAUUUUACAGCAAAAUAGGUUUUUUUUGUAAAAUUUUUGUGUCACUAAAUUUACAAGAUUUGUCUCACCUCCAAACGGCUAUUUUAACAAGUUAUUUUAAUUACUUUUUUCUUUUAUGUAUAUUAAUGAUUACCAGGUGCUUGAUACUGCUUAAUGUAAAAUAUAUCAAAAUCCUAACUGAACAACUAUAUCAUCAAAAUUAGUUAAGUAGUGGACAAUGCGGAUAUGCCAUACUAAACACGACUAAGCUUAGAACCUGGCCAAGCCCCAAUGACGCAGUUUUAAAGGUCGACACGCAACGAAGCCACGUUCUACAAAGUCAAUACAAGUUUCCAUAUAGUUUUUGUUACUGAAUUAUCUGUAACCGUGUUUGAACAACUUAACAUAUUUAAGGAUAUAAUCACGCUGCGGCUAUGAUAUUAUGGUAUGAUUUUAUUAUGGCUACGGGACGAAUAGUUCGACUCAAACGGAGUACUACCACACUCCUACAGUUGCAACAUUAAAGUAAAGGAGCGCAGACUCUUUUACUUUUUUUAUAGGAUAGGACAUACGAGCAUGCGGUUUACCUGAUAGUAAGUGGCUACCGCUACUACCCAUGAACAACUGCAACACCAGGGGAUAUGCAAAUACGUUGCUGCCUUUUUAAAAAGGAGUAGGCUCUUUUCUUGAAGGUCCCUAAGUCGUAUCGGUCCGGAAAAAUCGCCGGUGGUAGUAAAUUCCACAAGGAAGUUGUGCGAGGAAGAAAACCUCUUGUAAAUUGCGCGGUGGUGGACCACCAAUCAUUUAGAUGGUAUGGAUGGUAUUGUGGGUUUUGUCGCGAUGUGUGAUGGUGAAAUUGUGCGGCUGGAAUUAGUCCACACAAUCCCUCAGAGCACUCCCCGUGGUAGAUGCGGUAAAAUACGCAAAGAGAUGCAACGUCUCCCCGCAGUGCCAGUGAGUCAAGCCGAUCGGAAAGAAUUCGGUCGCCGAUGCGAUCAAAAAUGGAAGGAACUGGCACUGGGGAGCCCCAUCCCAGAGAUGGGAACAGUAUUCCAUGUGUUUUCCGGUGUGCCGGCAUGAAAUACUGUCCCGCUCUGCUGAGCACGCCAAGCUUUAACAAGCCUUCCGUCUUAGACCUCAGUAACAACAACGCAUCUGACAUUGAGUUACGGCGCUGUCGGCCGCGAGCUCAAAUGUCACAAGGAAAAAGUAUCUGUAUGGCCUGUAAAUAAUUGUUCCGUGUCUGGAUAUUUGUCCUUAUACAAUUUAUGUAUGUAAACUGCGUCCACGACACGGGAGUGUGGUAACAGAGUGGUGGAAAAUAAAGUAAAUUUUAACAGUUCCAUACUUCCAUACAUUUAAUAAAGAAAAACUAUGUCCUAGCGGUUUACCUUUUAACUUAUUUAACUGAUAGUUUUACUUGACAUCUUCAAAAUGUAUGAUAACUUUCAAUAUCGUAUAAAUAUUAAAUAUCCAUCACCUAUUUAGAUGUUUUGUUUUAUCGUAUCGACCGUAACUGGUAACGUACGCGGCUUCAAACAGCCUUGAACGCACACUCGUUUUCUCAUAACACCGCCCAUAAGUGAACGACUAAUGCUGACUAAUGGCUACACCCUGUCCUUGUAUACCGUAGCCCGCGUAAAAAAAGUGUUUAAUGUGCGUUCGUCCUGAACCUUUUAAAAUAUUAUUAUAAGUAUUGACUCUGUUGAAUCUGUCAAAUUUCUAGGAAUCCACAUAGACAUGUAUUUAAAUUGGAAAAAGGAAAUUAAAGCACUAGAAUCCACUAUCAGUUCAGCAUGCUAUGCCUUAAGAAGUUUACGAGAAGAAGUUACGUUAGAACAGCUAAAAAUGGUUUAUUUUGCUCUGGUAGAAUCUAAACUACGUUAUAGCAUAAUAUUCUGGGGCAAUAGUUAUAAGUAUAAUAUUAAGGCAGCGUUUGUACUACAAAAAAGGGCGAUCCGUACCAUGUUACGUAUUCCACAAAUUGAAUCGUGUAAGGAACAUUUCCGAAAUCUUGGCAUAUUAACGGUCCCCUCUCUGUAUAUCUUAGUUUCACUUACUCAUUUAGUAAAGAACUUUCACAAAUACGAAACAUACGAAGAAAGGAAAAAGAGAGAUAUGACCCGCCGUAAAGAUUUAAAAAUUUCUAUCACACCAACAUUGAAUGUUGUACGCCACAGCACAAGAUAUCAAGCCAUUGGACUAUUUAAUUCUUUGCCUACCUCAUUUAAAACUAUUUAUUGCCACCACAAAUUUCAAAAUAAAUUAAAAUCUUUAUUAAUUAAAAAAAGCUACUACUCAGUUGACGAUUACUUAAAUGACAAAGAUAAACUUAAUCAAUGUUAAUUUUUAUUGUUUAUGUAUUGUAUAAUUUUUAAUGUAAUUUGUAGUGUAUUAUGACAUGAAAAGUAUUUAAUUAAUUAGUUAAAUGAUGUUUAAAUUUUUAUCGAUUCUAAUUUUAAUUAAAAUAAUUGCAUGUAAAUGUCUUUAUCCAUGUAAUAAAUUUCCAAUACAAUAUAAUAUUGUUAUAUGGAAUAAAUGACUAUGACUAUUAUUCCUUAUCACUAUAUUGACAAUGACAGCAGGAAUUAAAUGCUUAAGCGUGGCUCUCGUACUUGUGACAGUCUUUGAAAAGGCCUAUGUUCAACUGUGAACUCACAGUAGAAUCAAACAAUAUUUAAUAUAAAAAGAAAAUAAAUAUAAAAUGUCGUGUCUGUAUAACGUACCUGCAAUGUCACAUAACGACUCUGCGGAUAGAAAUGCUGCCAAUAUUUUGAUAAGUGCUAACUAUUAGUUUUGUAACAAGAUAUGCAUUAAGGCCCAAGAGCGGACGAAAUGCCUAAAUUCUUGGAUAUUUAAGU